AAAAUUCUUAAUCGCCGCUCUCUCCGAUGGCUUUCUCUCUCCUCUACCGGAGUCUGGCUCUCUCACCAUUAAUCGCGUCACUUUCUCUCUCAUCUACCGGAGUCUCUCUAUCUCUCUCACCCCCUUAAUCGAGUCACUCUUAUCUCGUCUCUUUAUCCUUGAGUCGAAUCUCUGGAAUUCUAUGACUUUCCACUUUGCCUCUCUCUCUCAUCGCGCAUAGCUGCAAUCCUUUUCGAAGUCUCUCUCUCUAAGCGGCACCUCUCCAUCAUAGACACCCCCGGCAUUCCUCCCAUUUUCUCCCUCUACCAUCUCUCUCUAGAAUCCCUAUCGACAUGUCUUACGUACCUCCUCACCUCAGAGCUUCAUCUCUACCCCAUUCCCACUCUACAGAGACCCCCUCUCAGCCUCUCAACUCUCAUAAGCUCUCUUCUCUCUACAAUGACACUGCAUCUAAAAACUCUUUCAGCUAUUCCUCAAGCUUUGGUAGCCCUAGCCGAAGCAGAACCAGUAAUGUCUCCCAACCUAGGGCUCUUAGUGUCCCGGAGCCAAUCUUUCAGCAAUGGAAGCCCUCUGAUCGAGUUCUUCGAUUGAUGCCAGAGCAGAUAGAGGAUGUUAGGUUGCGUUUAAAUAUUGACGUCUCAAUUCCUCUCGAUUCCCUUCCUGCCCCUGCACCCAUAGAAUCCUUUGAGGACAUGUGUUUGCACACAAUCAUCAUGAAGGAUAUUGCAUUUCAUGAAUACACUCGACCAACCCCUAUUCAGGCUCAAGCGAUGCCAAUUGCUUUGAGUGGAAGGGAUCUGUUGGGAUGUGCAGAGACUGGGAGUGGGAAAACCGCUGCAUUCAGUAUUCCCAUGAUACAGCAUUGCUUGGCUCAACAGCCUCUUCGGCGUGGUGAUGGACCAUUAGCAUUAGUCCUAGCCCCUACGAGAGAACUUGCUCAACAGAUAGAGAAAGAGGUUAAGGCUUUCAGCAGAUCACUGGAAUCUUUCAGAACUGCUAUAGUCGUGGGGGGAACAAACAUAGCUGAGCAGAGGUCAGAGUUGAGAGCAGGGGUACAUAUUGUGGUUGCCACACCAGGAAGAUUUAUUGAUCAUUUGCAGCAAGGGAACAGCUCUCUAUCAAGUGUCUCAUUCGUUGUGCUGGAUGAGGCUGACAGGAUGCUUGAUAUGGGUUUUGAACCACAAAUAAGAGAGGUGAUGCGGAAUCUUCCAAAAAAGCACCAAACAUUGCUGUUUAGCGCAACUAUGCCUGUAGAAAUUGAAGCUCUCGCACAGGAAUAUUUGAAUAACCCUGUGCAAGUAAAGGUGGGAAAAGUUAGCAGUCCGACAGCCAAUGUAUCUCAGAUUCUUGAGAAAGCUAUUGAAAGUGAGAAGAUUGAUCGGCUUCUGGCUUUGCUUGUUGAGGAGGCAUCUCAAGCUGAAAAGUCAGGGCAGCCUCUUCCUUUGACCAUUGUUUUUGUAGAAAGGAAGACAAGGUGUGACGAAGUUGUUGAAGCUUUGGUUGCUCAAGGUCUGCAUGCUGUGUCUUUACAUGGGGGACGGAGUCAAAGUGAGAGAGAAGCAGCCCUAUGCAGUUUCAGAAGUGGCUCAACUAACAUUUUGGUUGCCACUGAUGUGGCAUCACGUGGUUUGGAUGUGACUGGCGUAGCACAUGUCAUUAACCUUGAUCUUCCAAAGACAAUGGAAGACUAUGUGCAUCGCAUUGGAAGGACAGGGCGUGCUGGAACUACAGGCCAAGCCACAUCUUUCUACACUGAUCGUGAUAUGUUAGUUGUGGCACAUAUCAGGAAGGGUAUAGCAGAUGUGGAAUCAGGAAAUGCCAUGGCAUUUGCAACUGGAAAGGAGGCAAGGAGGAAGGAGAGAGAAGCAGCUGCUGCACUCCGAGAGGCCAAGAAUGGCUUCUCUAAGUUCUCGUUGUCAGGGCCUGCUUCAAUUAAUGUGGAGGAUAAGUACAGGUACAUGCUUGCGCCCCAAACCAUCAAGAGAGAAGGUUCUGCAGAUGAUGCGUGGGAUGACUGAGAAUCCCAUUUCUCCGUCUCUUCUUCUCUGGUCAUCCUACAUUUUAAGAAGCCUAAGAACUAAUGGCCUCAACAAUCAGUGAACAGUUAUUUUUGGAAACAGGACAUCAAGAUUUAGCUUGUGAAUGGGGUUUGGAAUGGGUGAUGCCUUGAAGGUGAAAAAUGGUUCAAAACUUGUAAGUAAACUUUGUCUUUCUUUUUAUUUGAUUUCAUUUAUUUUGCUUUUUAAUAGUCACUUGUAUUUUGUUUUUCAAUUACCCAUUUUAUAUGGUGGGUCUGUAAAACACUCUCUCAUUCCGACUAACUAGUAGAUUUUUUCAGUUGGAAGUUUUGGUUUCAUAUUUCUUGUUUC